AUGGUCAACGAGCAAGCGUACUACGCUGGUGGGUUCAAGAAAUCCGUGUCUGACACCCACACGUGGAGAAACGUGGACAACUCAGCAAAAUUCGUGACAAACGUGUUGCAACCCAGUUUCCAAGUAUUGGACGUUGGCUGUGGUCCAGGCACGAUAACAAUUGACUUUGCGCAAAACUAUUUAAACGAGCAAGGGUUCAUCACCGGUGUCGAGCCAACACGCGAAUUGAUUGAGAUUGCCAAGAGCAACAAGGACGAGAUUGCGCCCAAGUGCACCAAUAUAAAAUUUGAAAUUGCUUCGAUUUACGAAUUGCCCUACGACGACGACACUUUUGACCUUGUCCAUGCACAUCAAGUUGUGGUCCACUUGCAGGAUCCAGUUGCAGCGCUCGCUGAGUUGAAAAGGGUCACUAAACCCGGAGGAUACGUGUGCGUCAAGGAUGCCGAUCUUGAAACCAUCAUCGUGACUCCAAGCAAAUACGAGGUUUUAAGACAGUACUCGCUUAUGACGGCGCAAAAUGCCGUCUCCACCGAUACCAAAGGUGGCCGCACGCUUCGAGAAAAAGCCAUCAAGGCCGGCUAUGAGCCGCUGGAUAUUGCUACUUCAAGAUCGCAUUGGUUGCUAUGCGAUGAUUUCGAUGCGAAACGGCAAUGGGUCGAUUUGAUGACCAAGAGACAAAGGUGCUCCGGAGAGAAAAUCUAUGCUGACGACGAGGCCAAGAAUGAAGCCGCGAAGCUGGAUCUGAUUGCCAAAUGGCAAGAAUGGGGCAAUGACCCGACGUCGAUAUUUGAUGUUUCCAGCUUUGAGAUUACUUAUAGAAAGCCAUGA